AUGCUCCACGGUGUAAGAGUCGUGGACAUCCAGCACAUCAUUCUACAUGGCCUUAGUCCUCCGUGUAUCCCAUGGUGCACCGGGCCUGUAGUUUCUGCUGGUCCGUAGCCUCAGCGUUUGUACCGAUGGAUUCGUCGGGCGUUGCGAUCCUGAGCUGCUUCUUGCUGUUUAAUCUCUUCGGUGCCGGUCUCUGCAACUCCAGGAGGCCCGGAGAUAUUCCAGAUGCUGAAAAUAUUGGAUUGUCUGUGCCCCUUGAACACUCAUUUGAAUUUGAUGACAGUGUUCAGUAUAAAAAGAGGGGCUCGUUCCUGUGGAGACCAGGCCGUGAAAAUGCUCUCACUCUAACUCAGACACAAUUAACAGAGGAUGAAAGGGCAAAACUCAGGGAUAUGGCUAGUACUGAUGGGCUGUACCGGAUCAGGAUCCCAAGAAAAUUGGGCAGCGAGAGCUCUAAUACAGACUACGUGUCAUCUUUUGUUCGCGUUUGUUCUCUGGUUGAGUCUCACCUCUCUGAUGUAAUCACUGUUAACAUAGAUGUGUCUGGAACUAUAAUUGGUAUCUCUAUUGUAACUGUGCCUGGAUCCUGCAAUGGAGCAGAGGUGGAAGAUGUGGACCUGGAAGUAUUUAACACAACUGUGCACCUAAUGCAGCCAGUCUUGGCGUCAGCACCAGAGACUGCAGCAUUUAUUGAACGGUUAGAACAUGAACAGGCCCAGAAAGCAAAAAAUCCACAGGAACAGAAGUCAUUCAUCGCAAAAUAUUGGAUGUAUAUCGUUCCCAUUGUGAUUUUUCUGAUGAUGUCGGGUGCUCAGGAUCCUAAUGGAGGAGGCAGUGGUGGUGGCUCAGGUGGAGGUGGAAGAUGACAUAUUCGGCAAGAGGAAAAAUCUAAACACCAAUGUUUUCUUAUUGACAAUGCUUCAUGUUGUAAAUACAACUAAUAUUGUCGUUAUUUGCUGGACAAAGAUUGAAUUAAUGUUCUUAGGAUCUGGGACUUUCCAAACUAAUAAUCUCCAAACCACAAAUGGACAAAGUAUCGUAUGAACAGUUUGGAUAAAUAUUGGUGAUUUUUUUUUAAUAAAUGAAUUUGCAUGUGUUUUAAUUCCAUGCCUUGUUGCUGCAGAAUCCCAUUCCUGCCACUAGUUGCCAGUACCAUACUGUGAUUGAAAUAAAUUUAACAAGUUGAAGCUGUGCAGCCUUUGGUGGAGAAUAACAGAUAUAGGGAGACAGAUUUUUAAAUUGUUAGAAAUAGUCCAGCAUUACCAGUAGCAACAGGCGUGAUGUCCACUGUGCAUGUGUAUAAAUGAAUUUGCAAGUCGUUGAUUUCAUUUUAGAGUCUGUUGAGAUAAUAAAUGGAAAAUCCUGA